AUGGGCGAUAAUGAAUCCCUUGUCGCAAGUGAAGCGUCGAACGACCCCCCAAGGUCCCCGUCUCCAAUCCCUCCAGAACCAGCUGCUGCUUCGACGCCUGAUGCGUUCCCUUCGAUAGCGAGCGACACGUCUAGCAGCGCACAGCGUGUGGUCACGGGGAAGAGAAAAAGGGCGCUCUUCCAGACGGAGACUGUAGAAAUGAUGAGGCAGAUCCAAGCUGAAGAUGUGGCAGCAAUCUCCCUGAAUUUCUCCUCAGUAGGACAACGGAUCUGCGCUGGGACCAACACCGCAUUUGCUGCAGCACAAAAGUCUUGCACACAGCGGCACACCGUUGUUAUACUGACUCCAAAAAGAGUGGAGCCCUGUCUGCUGGUCAGUCAGAUCGGACAGCGCACCAUGCAUCUUGUGGUGAUGGACAAAUGGGCGCUGCUCAAAACCAUGACUCAGGGCAGACCGUGA